AGGUUGUAAAAUAUUCUAAGCCACUUCGCAGGAAUUUUAUUGAUUCAAAUUUAACGUCAAUUCAUGGAAAGAAAUAUAAAACUCAUUCCUAAUGUGCCCCAUCCACGUUUCCCAAAAAUGUUACAAGACUCAGCGACGCGGCUGAGGGAGAAGCAACAGUGGCCCUGAAUCUCGCGAGAGUCGGCUGGAGGGGCGGCGGGAUUUGGUGGGUGUCAGGGCGACAGGCUCCGUUCAGCAGAGCGGAGACUGCGUUAAAAUGCCGGCGCUGGUAACAGCGAUGUUGCUGCCCCGGUUACAUGCUGCAGCGGCUGCACUCCACCGUACACUGGCUACAACUACUUGUGCAGCUGUGGCACAAUCUCUCCCUGAGCAAGUAAAGAUUGUGGAAGUUGGACCCCGAGAUGGUCUACAGAAUGAGAAGGUCAUUGUUCCAUCUGAUGUUAAAAUUCAUUUAAUUAACCUUCUCUCGGAGGCUGGGUUGUCUGUUGUGGAAGCAACAAGCUUUGUUUCUCCAAAAUGGGUUCCUCAGAUGGCUGAUCAGAAGGAAGUGAUGCAAGGAAUCCGAAAGUAUCCAAAUGUGAGCUACCCAGUGCUGACUCCCAACCUGAAGGGGUUUGAAAGUGCAAUCAAGGCAGGUGCAAAGGAAGUAGCCAUCUUUGGAGCUGCCUCAGAAAUGUUCAGCAAAAGAAACAUUAACUGUUCCAUUGAUGAGAGUCUACAACGGUUUGACGAGGUGAUGAAAGCAGCAAAGGAUUCAAGCAUUCCAGUCCGAGGGUAUGAUUGCAAAUCUACAUGUUUUUGUGUUGUGAAACAUUUUUUUUGCAUUUUUGAAGACAAGUUUAACUUCUUUAAAACCUCUCAGUAAUGCAAUCAAAUAUAUGUUAAAAUUCAAAGUUAAAAUAAUUCUUGGAUCACUUGCUUUGGGAGUAAUCAAAGAAAUUGCCUGUAUUGCAAUUUAAAGGAACACUUGUCUGCUGUCAGCUAAAUUGCAACAACCUUAUUGUGAGGUUUGUUAUUAGAAAACAAACAUUUAUGACACAAGUGCUUGAUAGCUACUCUCUGCUGUAAUUAAUUCAAUGUUUUAAUCAUUAUCCAAUUUUAUUCCCUUUUUAUCCUCUUCCUAAGUUGUGUGCCCGGAGUGUUGGCAGACUAUUUGACUUGUAUGACAUUGCAACUGUGUCAAUUCCAAUAUGCACUUAAGGUACAUAGUUAUAAAGCAUGAAAACAGGCCCUUCAGUCCAACUCAUCCAUGCCAACCAGAUAUCCAUGUAUAAAUCUUGUUCAGCACAAGGUAUAGAAUAGCAAUAUGAAUGAACUGUGGCUGACCUCUGCCAUUCUCAACCUCCUAAAGCAAGGGGACAAGCCAAUCUUUCUCCAUUUGCUGCUCUUGUCAAGAUUCUCAAAUCUCCUGUCAUAGGCGUAACUAGGAUCUUCCUAAAGCACAAUUCAUUAACUCUACCAUGAGCAACACUCUGCUGUUACUCAUCCUGCAAUAGGCCACUCUUAGAAAUCGGUUCCAGACCUUGGUUCCUGUUCCCAUACAAUAAUUUUAAAGUCAUUUUUAAACAUCAUCAUAAUUUCACCUCAUCUUCUGCAAUUUUGUUCAGCCCUGUAUUCUUUGCCAAGUUACUUUUGAUUUUUGCUUUCGACACAUCCUUUAUUUACCCCAAUUCUGCUUGGAGAGCCUUCAAUUUAAUUCUUGACAUUCCUAAAAUCCCUCCACUCCCCUGUUCAACUUCAAAAAUCCUCUAAAAUUAACUUUUGCAGCCAAGCUUCAUUCUUUCUGACUUGAUGUCUGUAUUUGUGAAGUACUUGGGAAAUUUGCUUUGUUACA